AUGGCGCGGCCAUCACGGAUCAUGGCGAUCCAGCCGGGAGUGAGCGAACUGGGGUGGCUUCUGUUGUUUGUGAAUAAAGCUGACUUGGCCGCAUCAGGGUGUCUUAAGGACGACUGCCUAGUGAUCAAGUGCACCGUCAGAGUUAUUACCUCUAAGCUCAACGACGACGACGACGACAGCUUCGUCGCUCCACCCUCGGACCUAGGUAGAGAUCUUGGCUAUCUUCUAGAGAAUGUCCUUAAGACGGACCUGACGGUCAGGAUUGGCUGGUUCAGGAGUUUUGAGGUGCACGCGUGCAUGCUCGCUGCGCGGUCACCGGUCUUUCAGGCACAGUUGUGUGGCGCGAUGAUGGAGAGCAGACAAAGCACUAUCCGCAUCAAGGACAUGGACGCCAAAGUUUUUGAGGUCCUGCUUCAUUACAUAUACAAUGAUUGCCUCCCUGAGUUCAUGGAGGAGACCACAGAAUUGUCCAUAAACAUGACGCAACAUUUGUUAGGCGCGGCUGAUCGGUACGCCAUUGAUAGGCUGAAGCUUAUAUGUGAGGGCAAGUUGGGCAAGGCGCUAGAUGUCAACACCGUGGGUUUCACUUUGGAUCUCGCGGAGCAAUAUCACUGCCAACUACUCAAGGAUUACUGUCUCAAGUACAUGGUAAGAGACAGCGAAAGGUUACGAGCCAUUGUAAAGACCAGCGGGUUCGAGCAACUGAAGCAAAACCACCCACUUAUUGCAUGUGAAAUUCUCCAUAAAGUAAUUGACAAGCUGUAA